AGAACUGGGCUGACAUUGCAUUCCACUUGGUUAGAGUCUGACUGAGGAUUUUAAUCAUUCGGAGUCACCCUGAAAACAAUACUCCCCGAAGUCCGCUCUUAGCUGAUAAUCACUAAUUUUGGGGGAUGCUGGCUUCUGCAUCCACUGCCCAUGGUCCUUUCUGAGAUGGCAUCUGUGAUUCAGCUCUUCAAAAAUUAAUGAAGUUGAUGACUCUGUGACAAUGUGGAGAAAUCAUGUCAGAAAAUGUGGUUUGUACUGGGGCUGUCACUGCUGUAAAAGAAGUUUGGGAAGAGAGAAUAAAGAAACACAAUGAAGACCUGAAGCGAGAGAAGGAAUUUCAACAAAAGCUAGUGCGGAUUUGGGAAGAGCGAGUAUGUUUAACCAAGCUAAGGGAAAAGGUCACCAUGGAAGAUGGAAGAGCUAUUUUGAAGAUAGAAAAAGAGGAAUGGCAGACCCUCCCUUCUUCCCUACUGAAACUGAAUCAGCUACAGGAAUGGCAACUUCAUAGAACUGGUUUGCUGAAAAUUCCUGAAUUCAUUGGAAGAUUCCAGAACCUUAUUGUGCUAGAUUUAUCUCGGAACACAAUUUCAGAGAUACCUCGAGGAAUUGGACUGCUCACUAGACUUCAGGAACUGAAUCUUAGUUACAACAAAAUCAAGACUGUCCCCAGUGAACUAAGUCACUGUGUCAGCUUGGAGAAACUAGAGCUUGCUGUUAACAGAGAUAUAUGCGAUCUUCCACAUGAGCUGAGCAAUUUGUUGAAGCUUACUCACCUGGAUUUGAGUAUGAACCACUUUACAACAAUUCCUUCUGCUGUGUUGAACAUGCCUGCCCUUGAGUGGCUUGAUAUGGGAAGCAACAGACUUGAACAACUUCCUGAUACCAUAGAAAGAAUGCAAAAUCUACAUACAUUAUGGCUGCAACGGAAUGAAAUAACAUGCUUGCCAGAAACAAUCAGCAAUAUGAAAAAUCUGGGUACUCUUGUUCUCAGCAACAAUAAACUACAAGAUAUUCCAGUGUGCAUGGAAAAGAUGACCAAUCUGAGGUUUGUCAACUUCCGAGACAACCCACUGAAAUUGCAAGUAACACUUCCUCCCAGUGAAAACGUAGAUGAGGAAGAGGAACGGGAAUUAUUUGGCCUUCAGUUUAUGCACACAUACAUAGAGGAGUCACGGAGAGCAGGUAACCAAGUAAACUGCUCAACUACUUUACCAAACUCUGUAAAUGCUGAUGGAUAAUAUAAUCCGUGAUGCCCUGUUGAAGAGGAUUACUUUGGGAAUUUGGUGAAUUCUCUAAUGUUUGGACCUUCUGAAGUAAAAAACAAAGCCAUUACCAAAGUUCCAUGAGGCUGCAACAUUUUUUAAAGUUCAUAUUAUCUGCUAUUUAUAUUUUCAUGAAUAUAAAAAUAUAAUUAAAAAAUGUUUUUUGGUGGAAGACAGAUGUUCAAAAUUUCUUUUCCAUUAAGCAGUUGUUUCUGGUGACGAAGAAUGAUUUGGUAAAGCAGUUAACAAUACAUUUUCCAAAGACACCAGAGGGUCUGUAUAAUACUGUAAAGCAGGAUUGAAUCCUUUCUGCUGUAAAUACUUGAUUCGGCCUUGGUCAAUCAGCAACUUACAAAGAUGCCCUAUUUUCUUCUUUUCUUCAACUGUAAGAAACCUAAAUUGAAUAAAUACAGCAUGUUGUUAAAAUUCUGCAAAAAGCUUAUAAAAAUGAUUUUGGUCACUUCUAUGUAUUGACAAGUUGCUAAAUAACCCACAAUAUAUUAGGAGCUAUGU